AUGGGAUUAAUAUUUUCUUCAAUAUUUGCACGUUUAUUUUCGAAUAAAGAAAUAAGAAUAUUAAUAUUAGGUUUAGAUAAUGCUGGUAAAACAACUAUAUUGAAUAGACUACAAUUAGGCGAUAUAGUUCAGACAAUACCAACAAUCGGAUUUAAUGUAGAAACAGUGAAUUAUAAAAAUUUAAAAUUGCAAGUGUGGGAUUUGGGAGGCCAAUCCUCUAUUAGACCAUAUUGGAGAUGCUAUUAUAAAAAUACGAAUGCCAUUAUUUAUGUUAUUGAUAGCUCAGAUGAUGAAAGGAUAAUUAAUACGAAAUAUGAAAUAAAUACUAUUUUAAAGGAACCAGAUUUAGAAGGUGUUUUGUUAGUUAUAUUAGCAAACAAGCAGGAUGUAAAAAAUUGCCUUCCCAUAUCACAAAUAUCAAAAGAUUUAAACUUAACAUCAAUAAGAGAUAGACAAUGGGCAAUUUUUAGUACUAGUGCUACGAAAAAUGAGGGAAUUACAGAAGCUUUGGAUUGGCUUGUUAGCAAUUUAAAAUGA